GGCCUGGGCUGGGCUUAUCGGCCUCCAGCCCAGAUCUGCUGGAGGCAUAAAUAGGCCCCGGGCAAGCUGCUGCUCAGACGCUGAGCACUCACCCCAGGUCGCCCAAGAUGAAGGCUGUGGUGCUCACCUUGGCCGUGCUUUUCCUCACAGGGAGCCAGGCUCGGCAUGCCUUGCAGCAGGACGACUCCCAGUCACAAUUGGAUCAAGUGAAGGAUUUAGUCGCCAUGUAUGUGGACACAUUGAAAGAAGGUGGCAGAGAGUACAUGGUCCAGAUUGAAGCCUCCGACCUGGCAAAAAAGAUGAACCUGAAGCUCCUGGACAAGUUGGACACCCUGAGCACCAAGAUCACCAGCCUGCGCGAGCAGCUCAGCCCGAUGACCCAGGAGCUCUGGGACAGCCUGGAGAAGGAGACGGCGGUGCUGACCCAGGAGAUGAACAAGGACCUGGAGCUGCUGAAGGAGAAGAUGAAGCCCUACCUGGACGACGUCCGCCAGAAGAUGGAGCCGCUGGGCCAGGAGCUGCACGAGGGCGCGCAGGAGCGGCUGCAGCGGCUGAAGGAGAAGCUGGGCCCGCUAGGCGAGCAGGUGCGGGACCGCGCGCGCACGCACGUGGAGGCGCUGCGCCAGGUCCUGGAGCCCUACAGCGACAAGGUGCGCGAGCGCCUGGCCGAGCGGCUGCAGGCGCUGCGGGACCGCGGCGGCGUGGGGCUGUCCGAGCUGCGGGACACGGCGGGCGCGAGGCUGCGCGAGCUGCGCGAGCAGGCGCAGCCGGUGCUGGAGGACCUGCGCUCGGGGCUGCAGCCGCUGUGGGAGAGCCUCAAGGUCGGCUUCUUGCUCGGCGUCGGCCAGCUCUCCGAGGAGCCCACCGACCAGUGAGGCGCCGCCGCUCCCCCGGCCCCGUCCUCGGUCCCUUCCCAUCGCUCGGUUUCUUAGAAUAAACGUUUACAAAUCGGGACGCUUGUGUUGGGUUUGAUGCUUUUUGAAGC